CGUAAUGUCAAUAGCAACGUACGGACGGCACUAUUUAUGUAAAAUGACGUAAAUAGUUCAUUUGAUAUGUAUAUACAAAAUUGUAAUAACUAGACGUUUAUUUAUAAAAACGUUAUUAUAUCUCUUGUGGAACUUACAAGUAUAAUCCAAUUUAUUUUGUUUCGACUUCGCAAAACUCUUUUGUUAUUCUCUUUUCGUUUGGAUUGGUGCGGCCAAAUGUUUCAAGUGAAAAGCUUUUCAGGAUUAAGUUAUUAAAAAAAUAAGGUAGUGUUUUCUACAUUCAGUGUUUUUUAAAGAGCGUAGAUAUAAGAGAUAUUAAAUGUUAUAUCAAUAAUCGUCAAAAAAAAACUAAGAAUAAACUCGAUAACAACACAGCCCGGCCAAGAUUGGCUUAACGAAAGUAACACGAAGUGAUAUAAACAUGUUGGCUUAGGUUGAGUAUACCAGCAAGAUACCGGUUGAUUUGAAAAAAAAUCUACAGAAAUGCGUGCAGCCAUUCCACCAGGGAUUAGGGUAGUUAGAGGACCAAACUGGAUUUGGCAAAAUCAAGAUGAAGGAGAAGGUCAUGUGGGUACUGUUUGCGAAAUUGGACGUUUAGGAUCUGUACACUCCCCAGAAAAUACAGUGGUUGUGAACUGGGAUUCAGGCCAUAGAACGAAUUAUCGCGUUGGAUACCAAAACCAAUACGAUUUGAUAAUAGUAGAUAAUGCACAAGUCGGUGUGCGUCAUCCCAAUGUUGUAUGUGAUGGCUGUUCUAAAUGCGGAAUAGCCGGAAUUGUUUUUAAAUGCGAACAAUGUGCAAAUUACCAUUUGUGUUCCAGUUGUUAUGGAGCAGAUUUGCAUGAUAGAGAACAUCCUUUCAUCAGAUAUACGACACCUACUUCAUUAGGGGUUCAUGUUCCACCUCGCAAAGGGAGCAAGCGGAUUCAAUUAAGAGGAAUUUUCGUUGGAGCAAAAGUAGCGCGUGGCCCAGAUUGGGAGUGGGGCCAACAAGACGGAGGUGAAGAACUUUUUUUAACAGGAGAAACAGGACGAGUUAUGGAAAUUCGAGGUUGGGACAAUGAAUCUUGUCGCAGUGUAGCAAAUGUCUCCUGGACAACAGGAUCAACAAAUGUUUACCGCUUGGGACACAAGGGUAAUGUUGAUUUGAAAUAUGUUGUUGCAACUACAGGCGGCUAUUACUACAAAGACCACAUGCCAGUUUUGGGUCAAUUAGAUGAGCAACAACCUGUUGUUUCGACAGUCAAGCCAAUAUUCUCUGUCGGGGAUCGGGUAAAGGUAUGUGUGGAUAUUGAUGUUCUAAUAAAAUUGCAGCAGGGACAUGGCGGCUGGAAUCCACGCAUGAUGGAACAUCUGCAAAAAACGGGCACUGUACACAGGAUAACUGAAAAGGGUGAUAUUAGGGUACAGUAUGAGAACUGCUCGAAUAGAUGGACUUUUCAUCCAACCGCCCUGGUUAAAGUUAUGUCGUUUCGCGUCGGAGAUUUAGUUACUAUAAUAAAUGAUGCAACAACAGUACAGCAACUUCAAAAGGGACACGGCGAGUGGAUAGAACUUAUGCGAUAUGCACUUGGCAAACUCUGCAAGGUCGUUAAAGUUUACUCCGACGGUGAUUUACGUCUCGAACAACUCGAUGAUGGAUUCGAAUGGACUCUUAACCCAAAAUGUGUUAAGCUGGAAAGAUCUCCAAUUGCAUCAGCCGCAGAACGGUCGAAUAGUAUGAUGGAUUUAAGUAAUAGACGCACGGAUCAUGUUAUGACUCCAUUAUCUGGUUUAUCUGGAUCUUCAAUGGCUGAUAAGUUGGUACGCGAAGCCGCACAUGGGCACAUCGACUUUGUAAAACAAUACCUACAAACACAUCCAGAUCAUGUUAAUGUCAUGAGUGGGGGAAAGGCAUCCAUUCAGGUAGCAGCCCACCAAGGAUUUGUGGACAUAGUAAAAUUAUUGAUUUCUAAAGGAGCAAAUGUAAAUAUAGUCGAUAAGGAAGGUGAUUCCGCUUUGCACUAUGCAGCUUUCGGAAACCAGCCCGAAACUAUGCGAAUCCUCCUUCAAAACGGGGCGAAUAUAAAUUUUCUCAAUUCCAGCCAUUGUACCGCACUUCAUAUUUGUGCCCAUAAAAAAACGCCUCACUGUGUUAGAGAAUUAUUGAACCACAAUGUUGAUGUAAACAUACAGGACUUAUAUGGUGAUACAGCUCUCCAUGAUGCUAUAGGGAAAGAAAACACAGAAGUUGUAGAAAUAUUAUGCAAUUCGCCAAGUUUAGAUUUUACUGUUAAAAAUAAUAGAGGAUUUAAUGUGCUUCAUCAUGCUGCGCUCAAAGGCAAUGUUGUUGCUACUCGACGCAUCUUGCAGCUGGCUCGACAGCUCGUUAAUGUAAAAAAAGAUGAUGGAUUUUCUGCAAUGCAUUUAGCUGCCCUUAAUGGCCACGCAAAUGUGGUAGAGACGCUCAUCAAAGAGGGACAAGCAGAUAUUGACAUUCGAAAUAAUCGACGCCAAACUCCAUUUCUUUUAGCGGUUUCUCAAGGUCAUGUGUCCGCCAUUGAAAAACUUGCAAAAUUGGGUUGUGAUGUUACAGCGCGUGAUGAGGAUGGGGACAACGCAAUGCACUUAUGUGUUGUAAAGAAAAAUAAUCUCCUACAAGUUGCAGAACCAACAGUAGCAGAUUCACCAGAAAUAUUUGCGAUUUAUGAAAGCUUAUCACAUGUUCAUGAGGAUAGACUUAUGUACACAUUGCUAUGUUAUUUACAUCGUUUGGGAUGCCAAAUAGAAUACAACAAUAAAGGUAUAAACAUAUUUGAAUGGAUAACAGACAUAAAGCGCAAACAACUUAUAUUAAAACACCGACCAAGUGUGGCGACUCUGCAAAUUGAUGUCCAAAAUUCUUCAACAACAACAAACAUAACAGAAUCUGCUAUUGAGCAAAUUGCCCAAAACAUAAAUGUAAUGAGAUUAGACCCAAAUAUUCAAGAAGGAUUAGCAUCCACCAACCCUGAACAGUCGGAUAUUGGCAGAUCAUCAGCAUUAGAUUUGCAAACAGCUUCUAAUGAAGAUACAACACAAAGUAGAAUACCACCGUUCAUAGACUCAAUCGACGUUACAGGUAAGACCAAAAUGCAAUCGACAGCAGAAGAUGGAAUAUCAGUUCACACUAAACAAGACGACCAAAUUGAGUCAAUAUCCCCAGCUUUUAUCCCUCAAACGUGCAUUGUAUGUGAUGAAAAUUUACCGUUAAUUACAUUUGAGCCAUGCCAGCACCAAAUAUCAUGUGAAGAUUGCGGCAAGCGAAUGAAAAAGUGUUUGAGAUGCACUGUUUAUAUCGAAAGAAGAAUUGGUGAAAAUGGUAGAAUUUUGCCAAAUACAGAUUCUAGUAACAUACCUGCUGUAGAACGUCUGCGGUACUUGGAAAAUAAAAUUCUCGAAUACGAAGAAUCCCACUAUUGUAGUAUAUGUAUGGAAAGAAUUCGUGAUGUCGCUUUUCUAUGUGGUCAUGGGUCGUGUUCACGAUGCGCCGAAACUUUGCGUAUAUGUCACAUGUGUAGAAAAACUAUUUUAAAAAAAAUCAACCUUUAUUAAUUAAAUUUUGAACACGUUCUUAAAAAUUGCAAUAUGAGAUAACAGCAACUAAAAUUAUACCUGCAAAUUUCAAUACGUAAUUUCCGAAAACGUUUACCUUGGACAUGAAACUGAAAAUAUAUUUAGCAUUUUAUAAACAA